GGCUCAGCCCACCGGCCCGGCCGCGAUUGGCCCGCGGCGGGACCCGUCGGCCGCGGUGGUGCCUGGGAAGGAGAGAGGAUGGCGGCCGAGCCGAGCAAGACCGAAAUCCAGACUCUGUUUAAGCGGCUCCGCGCGGUCCCGACCAACAAAGCUUGUUUCGACUGCGGCGCCAAGAAUCCGAGCUGGGCCAGCAUCACGUACGGGGUGUUCCUGUGUAUCGACUGCUCGGGCGUGCACCGCUCCCUGGGCGUCCAUGUCAGCUUCAUCAGGUCCACAGAGUUGGAUUCCAACUGGAACUGGUUCCAGCUGAGAUGUAUGCAGGUCGGCGGGAAUGCCAACGCGACAGCUUUCUUCCGCCAGCAUGGGUGCACAGCUAACGAUGCCAACACCAAAUACAAUAGCCGGGCCGCCCAGAUGUACCGGGAAAAGAUCCGGCAACUGGGGAGUGCCGCUCUGGCCCGGCACGGCACCGAUCUGUGGAUAGACAACCUGAGCAGUGCGUCCAGUCACUCCCCAGAGAAGAAGGACCCAGAUUUCUUCACGGAACACACUCAACCUCCUGCCUGGAACGUGCCAGUCUCCGAGCCCACAGAGAACCUGCAGCCAGCCCCAUGUGUGGACAGUGGCAGCCUAGCACAGCCGGAGCACGGCCCCACCACGGACCUGCUGAGCACCUCACCCAAAGCGUCUCUGGAACUGAAAACCUCCCUCAUUGGCAAGAAGAAGCCAGCAGCUGCUAAGAAAGGGCUGGGGGCCAAGAAGGGCCUGGGGGCCCAGAAGGUGAGCGGCCAGAGCUUCAGCGAGAUCGAGCGGCAGGCGCAGGUGGCAGAGAAGCUGCGCGAGCAGCAGGCGGCCGACGCCAAGAAGCAGGCCGAGGAGUCCGUGGUGGCUUCCAUGCGGCUGGCCUACCAGGAGCUCCAGAUUGACCGGAAGAAGGAGGAGAAGAAGCUGCAGAGCCUGGAGGGGAAGAAGCGAGAGCAGGCCGAGAGGCUGGGCAUGGGCCUGGUGUCCCGGAGCUCCGUCUCGCACUCGGCCCUCUCGGAGAUGCAGGUCAUCGAGCAGGAGACUCCGGUGAGCGCAAAGUCCGCCCGUUCCCAGCUUGACUUGUUCGACGAUGUUGGCACUUUUGCCUCUGGACCCCCGAAGUACAAGGACAACCCCUUCUCCUUGGGGGAUAGUUUUGGUUCCCACUGGGAUUCGGAUACCACCUGGGGUAUGGACCGGAUGGAGGAGAAGGAGCCCGAGGUGACCAUUUCCAGCAUCCGGCCCAUAUCUGAAAGAGUCACCAAUCGGAGGGAAGCGGAGAGCCGGAGCUCAGGCCUCGAAUCCAGCGAAGCACGGCAGAAAUUCGCCGGCGCCAAAGCCAUCUCCUCAGACAUGUUCUUCGGGCGGGAGGUGGACACAGAGUACGAGGCCAGGUCGCGGCUGCAGCAGCUCGCAGGCAGCAGCGCCAUCAGCUCCUCAGACCUCUUUGGGGACUUGGACGGCGCGCAUGGAGCAGGCAGCGUGUCUCUGGGGAACGUGCUCCCUGCGGCCGACAUCGCCCAGUUCAAGCAGGGCGUCAAGUCAGUGGCUGGGAAGAUGGCCGUGCUGGCCAACGGCGUGAUGAACUCCCUGCAGGAUCGCUACGGUUCCUACUGACGACUGCCUGCAGCGGGAGGACCGGCUCUGUGUGCUGUGUGACGGGGUGGCCUUGGGGAUGUCGGGGAGCGGGUGAUCUCCGCCUCUUGGCUCAGUCCUCGCUUCCCUGCCCCUCCACGCUCCAUUCCCAUCCUGCCCCGCCCUGUUACAGGGCUGGCAGCCCCGUGCAGGGAAAGGGGACAGGGCAAGGCUCUAGGAUCCUAGGUUGGGGGCAACGGGGCGGUCUGGGCCGGAGCAGCAGGGAAGGAGGACCCUGGCCUGUCUUCUCCUGGGCUCGGAACGUCCUGCUCCCUUGGGGGUCCCGGGGCAAGCCGUGGAAUGGCACCCCUCCCUCAGUGCCCACUUGGCAGUUCCUUGUGGCGUCCCGCACCUUCUGUGCCGUCCAUCGUGGGCCCCCGGACUCUGUCCCUCUCCCGACUUCACGGCCAGGGGAGUGUGUGGUGCCGGCCAUGGAUGCACAGGGCGGGGGGCCAGCAGCAGUUUCUGGGGCUCCACUCUCUGGCCGCAUCUAAGGUUUAUGGGGCCGGACAGAGUCCUACCCCCAGAGCUGCAGGUGUGUCCUGUGGGCUGCUGGGCACACUGACCCCCAUCUAUCCCCCCCACUCCGCCCCAUGCCGUCCCCCACCAUGCAACCAGCAGGUGGCCCGCCAUGCGGGGCGGGGGAGGCACCCCGCCACAGGCCUCCCCGCUGCCCCCUCCCCCAAGGGACAGGACUGUCUUUCUGGACCGUGUGUAUUGAACCAGGUGGUGUCAAAUAAAGCCGGGGGCCCGGCCCCGCUGCUCUGAGUGA